CACAGUUCAUGGGGAUUCCUUUGGAAAUUCGCGAAACCGAGGGAAUUUACCAAAGAGCUGUAGACCCGACAAAGAAAUACGAUGAAGUUGUUGUAGUAGUAUCAUCAGCUCAAGACAACCUUGGAACAUAUCAAACAACACAGGCCCCGACCCUCGACGAAGCCAGUUCUAUGCCUUACAAGAAUCUGUCAAAAUCCAUUGCAACAGAGUGUGCAAUCGAAGAUAAUAACGACAACGACGCUAUACGUCGUUCAAGACCACAAGAAAUUGCAUCUGCCUCUGACGCACGAUCAAAUCAAACAACAGCUCGUCGAUUGUCCGAACCAAGCACAUCUGAUCUGUUGUUGAGGAGACAGAAGAGCUUACCCAGUCGUAGUUCUACUGGAUUAUGGUCGAGACAAAGUCUUGAAGAACAACAAGGAUUUCAAACGAGGACUGAUGGAAACCCCCAAAUUCUAUCUGGACAGACAAACCUAGAAGUUCCCUCUAGUGUUCAAAGCAGAAAACGUCCUAAGCAUAGUGAGAACGUCCGAGGUACAACAGAGACCCGAGUAGCAAGUCCUACGGAAAGCAACGCAUUUAAAUGCGGUCAAUGUGGUAAAACGUUUCCUCAGAGAUCUGUUCUACAGAUUCAUGUCUGUCCAAAGCAACCAUACAAGCCGUACCACUGUGGACACUGCAAUAGAUUAUUUGAUGAUCCGAACGAGCUUCGAAAUCACGCAAUGAUACACACCAACGAGAAGCCAUUCAAGUGUGGUUAUUGUUCGAGAUCAUUUUCUGGCGCGACAACGCUUAACAAUCAUAUCAGGACUCACACUGGAGAGAAGCCAUUUGAAUGCAGACUAUGCGGGAAAACAUUUUCGCAAGCUUCUCAACUUAGUCGACAUGAAAAAAUACCCGGAGAUUGCAUUGAAUAACUUUUAUAGCUCAUUGGUAAAGACUUGGUGAUGCUGCAGUGUUCAGUAGUGGGUAGACCAUAUCGCGUUCACUAUAGGUGUUUCCCGCAGUUAUCUAAAUAGCGUUUCACGACAUGUAACUUUACAGCUUUCAAUAUUACUUUAGUUUGGGAGAGUUCGAGUUAAUGAAUAAAAUUUCCCGAAAAUUGUAGUUACAAAAAAAGAAGUUUUUAUUGUGCAAGAGGCCAUACUGCGCGAUGAUCAGGAUUGAUGUUGGGCUGAUUUGGCAUGACAAUAAAAAAUUCAUUCAAAUAGCACAUGGGAAAGCAAUAAACAAUGUUAUAACAAACUUGACAUUGAAUGAAUUCAUUACAAUCCAAGAGUUGGUUUCAAAGUUUCAAGUUCACUGAUACAUUAGUUUAUUUUUUAUUGAUACUUCUCAUGUACAACGUUUCAAAUAAUUACAACUAUUAAACCAUGAACUAUAUACAGUUA